AUGGCCUACAGUGUAAUAGCAGCUGUCGUUGUUGCGGAUCCACUUCCUGGUGGAAAAGGUAAAGGAGGAGGAGGUGGUGGAGGAGGAGGCGGAAAGAAAGGAGGAGGAGGAAUGGGCAAAAUGGGUGGAAAAGGCGCACUUCCAUGCCAUCAUGGUUAUGGUUACGGUUAUGGAGGAGGUUAUGGCGGUGGUGUAAUGAAUGGAGCAGGUGGAGGAGGAACGGGAGCUGGGGCUGAAGCCGGUGUUGGAGCUCCUGGGGCUGGGGUUGGGGCUGGUGGAGGAGCAGGUGGUGCAGCAGGUGAUGUAGAAACACCUGAAGAAGCAAGACGACGAAGGAUAGUACUCUAA